AUGGAGAAUAACAAUAACAAUAACAACAACAACAAUAAUAAUAAUAAUCAAGAUGAUAAUGGUAUCAAGAGGAAAAGAAUAUUGUUAACUACUGAUCUACAUCUUGGUUAUGAUCAUUUGAAGGAACUUUCAAAUGUUGUUUAUAAGAAUGCUCAAAGAUUCGAUAUGGUUAUAUGUACAGGUGAUAUUGCAAACUUUGAUCCAGAAGAAGCUGGUGAUGUUGAAAAGGUUGCCGCUUGUGAAGGAGAAAUGAGUCAUGCCUUAUCAUAUCUAGAAAACAUUGAUAAACAUUUGUAUUAUUUGCCUGGAAAUCAUGAUGCAAAAACAACUCUAUCAAAAGAUGAUAAACCAAGAUUGACAACAUAUUCAACCAAUUUACAUCGUGAAUGUAUUCGUUUGGAAGAUGACUUGGUUGUUAUGGGUUUGGGAGGAAGUGUACCAGGUUACAGAGAAGGUGAACAAAAAUGGGUUGGUUAUCCAUACACCAACGAAGAUGAUUUGAAUAGAGAUCUACAAGAAACCUAUGAAACUGCUAAAAAUACAGUUGUCAGUGGAGGAGACAACAAGACAUUGAUACGUGAUGGUGAUAGCAUUAUACUAUUGACACAUGUUGGACCACAUCAUUCUUCAACAACAGUUGAUCAAUUUGAUAUCACUGUAGCACCACUUUAUUCUGGUAGUAAAUCAAUCUCUCAAUUUAUUAUUGAUCAUAAUGAAGAUAUAUUUUUAAAUAUUCAUGGUCAUACGCAUGCAGCAGUUGGAAUGACUACCACUGGCAAUACAACCAUCAUCAAUCCAGGACCACUAAAAUUUAAAUGCUAUGGUAUUCUAGAGAUUGAGAAACAUUUUAGUCAAAAAUGGAAAGUUACUUCUAUGCAAUUUAAACGUUUAUAA